AUGGAAGACGAAGAUUACAAACAGGUGUAGAAUUAUGUUCUAUGUAAAUUUAUUAUAUUUAGCAAGAGCGCACAUUAGGACAAGGAACAUUUGGCAAGGUUAAAUUAGGUUAUCAUACUAUUGCUGAUGAAUAUGUAACAUAGAAAUUAAAAUUUAUAAGGUAGCAAUAAAGAUGCUUGAAAAAAGUAGAAUUUAAAAUUAGAGUGAUUUGGUCAGAGUUUAAAGGGAAAUCUCUAUAAUAAGAAAGGUAAAUCACCCAAAUGUAAUAAAAUUAUAUGAGGUAAUUCUAUCAUCAUCAAAACAAGAUAUUAGAAUCGGAGUCAUGUGUCUAUUUAGUAAUGGAAUACGUAAAGGGUGGAGAAUUGUAUGAUUACAUAAUAAAGAAGAAAUAGUAAUCUGAAUCCUAAAUGAAAUUAGCCUACCAGAGAACAUAGCAGUACGUUACUUCUAGUAGUUAGUCUUUGCAACAGAAUAUUUACAUUCAUAAAAUAUAAUUCACAGAGAUUUGAAACCAGAAAAUCUUUUGCUAGAUGAAAAUAGACAACUCAAAAUUGCAGAUUUUGGUUUAAGUUAUUUAUCAUAAACUAAAGGAGAAUAUCUUAAAACAGCUUGUGGAUCUCCUUGUUAUGCUGCACCUGAAAUGCUUGGUAUAAAUUUUUAAUAACAAGUUGGUAAAACUUAUGAAGGAACUAAAAGUGAUAUUUGGAGUUGUGGAAUAAUUUUGUUUGCUAUGUUAUGUGGUUAUCUACCAUUUGAACAUGAGAACACAUAAUAACUAUAUGAAUUAAUAAAGAAGAGUGAUUUUGAAAAACCAGAACACUUGUCUAAACAUGCUCUCGAUUUAUUAAUAAAGAUACUAAUUAAAGAUCCAAAUAGAAGAUAUAAUUUUGAUUAAAUUAAAUAACAUCCUUUUUUUUAAUUACAUGCUUCCAUCCCUACUAAGAAUUUAAGUUUGAAUGAUCAAACAAUCCUUUCAUAGAUGGUAGAAAUGGGAUAUUAGCAAAAUUAAAUUAUACUUUAAUUGCAAUCUAAUAAGCAUAAUACAGUAACUACUAUUUACUUCUUAUUAUAAAAAAAAUAUAAUCAGCCUCAUAGAAAAAGUUUUUUUUAAAAUAUACAAAAUAUAGGUAAUCUCAAACUUGACAUUAAUUAAAAAAGGUUUACCAUUACUAAAUUCUAAACAUCUAAUUAAGGAUCACCUAAUCUAGAUAAAAUUGAGAAAAUUAAAAAAUCCAUAAGAACUAGAUUAGAUAAUUCACCUUAUUAUUUAAAAACUUAGAUCUCUUAAAAAUUCAAGAAAGUUAAUUUAUCAGUUCAAUCUAAAAGAGUGAGUAUUCAAAUUGAAAAUUAGAGAUAAAAGACUAAUUCUGUUUAAGAAAAACAUUUUGAUUAUCCUUGUAUUUUUACACCAAAUAUUUCCGAAUAGAAAUAACUUUAAAAUGAACAAAUGAAAUCUAGAAUUUAAUCUAGGAAAAAUUCUAAAAAUCAGCAACCUUAUAAAAUUAUGUUAAGAAAAGAAAUAGAAUAAGUAUUAAAAACAGAUAUUAAUGAAGAAAUGCUAAAUCAUUAAAAAGCUAUUUAAGCUUAAGUAAAAUAAAGACAUAAAACUUAACCAAAUAAAAAUGAUAAAGAGUAAAAAUAUUUUGAAAAAGCCUCUAAAUUGAAUACAUCUAAUUAAGUAAUAAAUUAUUAAAUUAGAUGAUGGAAAAGACACCAUAACAUUCUCCUUACAUAAAUUUGAACAUAAGUAAUCAUCGACAUUUGUUCAAACAGAUAUAUAAUGGAAAUUUGUCUGAUUUUAUGAAGAAUAAAAGCGAAUCCAAACCUUAAAAAUUUUUAAAUAAUUUGCCAUGA